CGCUGCUGUUCGGCGUCCGGAGCGCGCGAGGGGCGUUUUCGGCCGGCCGCCGGUGCAGGCCGCAGUGACAGGGCCCGCGUCCCCGCGUACCCCCCCCCUCCUCCGGUGCGGCGGCCCCAGCGGCCUGCAGGCCCAACAUGGCGCAGGAGGUGUCGGAGUACCUGCGCCAGAACCCGCGGCUGGCCGCCUGGGUGGAGGCGCUGCGCUGCGAAUGCGAGACCGACAAACACUGGCGCCACCGCCGGGAGUUCCUGCUCCGUAACGCCGGGGACCUGGCGCCCGCCGGCGGUGCCGCCUCGGCAGACGCGGGGGAGGCUGGGGACGCCGAGGGCGCGAGCCGCGGGCGGGAGCUGCAGCAGCUCGUCUCCUUCUCCAUGGCCUGGACCAACCACGUCUUCCUCGGAUGCCGGUACCCUCAAAAAGUUAUGGAUAAAAUACUUAGUAUGGCUGAAGGCAUCAAAGUGACAGAUGCUCCAGUCCAUACAACAAGAGACGAACUGGUUGCCAAGGUGAAGAAAAGAGGGAUAUCGAGUAGCAAUGAAGAGGUAGAAGAGCCGGUGAAGAAGCGAGUCACAGACGGAAAAAACAAUUCUGCAGUUGAGCAAGAUCGUGCAAAAACUUCUGCUCAAACAGAACGUGCGUCUGUUCAGCAGGAAAGCAGCUCGACAUGUUCUAAGUCGUCCACCAAAUCAGAGAGUAGUAGUGGAAACUCCACUGGGAGCGCUGGCACCGUGGGUCAGAGUAGCUCUACAAGUGAUGGAGAUCAGUCUGUUUCCAGCCAGAGCAGCAGCAGCGUUUCCUCUCAGGUACCAACGGCGGGGUCUGGGAAAGCUGAGUCAGAAGGUCCAGAUAAACAUGGUGGUGCAGCCGCACUUGUUUCCUUGUUGAAAUCUGGUGUUAAUAGUCCUGUGACCCAGUCCACUGAGUCCAGACAGCCAAGUGGAUCACCUAAAAAGAGUGCUUUGGAGGGCUCUUCAGUUGCAGCCUCUCAGAGCAUCUCAGAGGUCGAGGUGCCCUUGUUGGGCUCCUCCGGAAACGCGGAAGAAGAGUUGCCACUGUUGGCUUCUAAACCUAGUUCAGAGACAGCUUCAAGUGGGUUACCUUCCAAAACUAGUUCAGAGGCAAGUGUUUCAUCAUCGGUUCCUAAAAAUAGCUCCUCAUCAGGCGCAUCCUUACUAAUGCCCCAGAGCAGCACCUCAAAUGCGUCUGUGCUGACUUCCAAGACCACUUCACAGGUAGCCGCAUCACUGUUAGCUUCCAAGAGCGGUUCGCAGACCAGUGGGUCUCUGCUUCCCAAAAGCACUUCCUUAGCUAGUGUGUCUCAGCUGCCUUCUAAGAGCAGUUCUCAGACUAGCACAUCACAGCUGCCUUCUAAAAGUGCGGCACAGUCAAGUGAGAGUGCUGUCAAAUUCUCUUGUUGCAAGUUAACCAGUGAGGAUGUGAAACAGAAGCAGCCUUUUUUCAAUAGACUGUAUAAAACGGUGGCAUGGAAGUUGGUAGCUGUUGGUGGUUUUAGUCCCACUGUGAAUCACGGAGAGCUCCUCAACGCAGCUAUUGAGGCUCUGAAAGCAACACUGGAUGUGUUUUUUGUCCCCCUGAAAGAAUUGGCAGAUCUGCCUCAAAACAAAAGCUCUCAAGAAAGUAUUGUUUGUGAAUUGAGAUGCAAGUCUGUGUAUUUGGGCACUGGCUGUGGAAAAAGCAAAGAAAAUGCAAAAGCAGUUGCAUCAAGAGAGGCAUUGAAGUUAUUUCUCAAGAAAAAGGUGGUGGUAAAAAUAUGUAAAAGAAAAUACAGAGGCAGUGAAAUAGAAGACCUGGUACUCCUUGAUGAAGAAUCAAGGCCUAUAAACUUACCUCCAGCAUUAAAGCAUCCUCAGGAAUUACUGUAAUAUGUCCAGAAUAUCACUGCAUACAGUAUCUCAUAUUUGAAGAAAGAAACUGGCUUACUUUUGUAUAAUAUAAAACACAGGCUUUCACAAAUUUUGUAUUGCUUUUUUCCAGUUUUGCAGAAAAUUUACAUUCUAGUUCUCUUCACACAGUAGAAGCUGUAAAUACUUUAUGAAUGACAGCACACAUUAAAAGUUAUGCAGUAACAGCAUAUCAGUAUGCUGUUUAAUUUGCUGACGAAAAUCCUGUCUUCUAUUUUUAAUGAUCCAUUAGGUACGAUGUGUAGUUCUAUAGUCUUAAAAUUUUUGUACUAUGAAUUUGGUGAAAAUGUAUUAAAUUGUCUACCAUGUUUUUUUUUCUUUCUAGCAGAGUAAAUCACAUCAAAGAAAAGGGGACCAUAGUAUUUGAAUGAAAGUCUGUGAACAUUAAGGUUUUAAGAGUGUUGCUCAUAAUGUUGAACGUGUUAAAGAAUAAAAGAAGAAAUAGUUGCCUCAGACUAUUUUUAUGAGAAGUUGUAAGCAUUUUUAGGUAUAAAGCAAUAUAAAGUACUUAAGUUUAUUUUAUUCUGAGGUUGUUAAAUUCACCAUGAUUUUGACCACUGCAGAUUCUUUAAGUGGGUUAAUUUAUGUUUUCAGCUGAAAUACAAUUUACACUUUUUCUUAAAAGACAUAAAUGUGGGUUUCUAUAUUAAGCAUAUUUUGUGACUACUAUUAACAGAUUGAUUUGUUUAGAUAUUAAAUGCUUUAAGCUAUUUUACCUUUUCAAGAAGUUGUGGUUUUUUUUUUCCGACCAAGUCAGAACCAAUUCCUGCAAGUAGGCUUCCCACUACUGGUCAUCGUAAGUUACAACCAGGUAAUUUUUCAUAACUGUAUACAACUUUUUUAUGGAUAGAAAAGUUAGAGUUUGCAAAUCUAAAACUAGAUGGGCUUUUGUUUGCAAAUCUCAUAGAAGAAUACUGGGGAAAAUAGCCAUACUCCACUCUCAUGAGUCUAUUCAAUUGAAUUACAUUUGUUAGGAAAGAAAUUGAACCCUGUGUCUGUAUCUUAGGUGUUUCUGGCUGUGUACUUGAUUAUGAUAUAUAAUUGUAAUUAGGGUUUUUUUUGUUUUUUUUUCCCCAAACACUAGCCCAAAAUUUUUUGCUAUUUUUGUGGCCUUUUUUCUGGCUUUCUAGAUGCUGCACGUAAGCAGUAGUAGUGAUAAUGUACAGAGAUAAAUCAAGAAAUAACCUUUUACAUGCCAAUUACAUUGCAGUAGAAAACAGACCAUAAGUGGCACGAUUUUAAGUAUGUAGAAGUUAAUUCUUCAUAUUCUAGAAAUAAUAGACAAGGUUACUUUUUAUGUACUUCAAAUAAUUAGUUAUUUUUAUUCUACCAGAUAACUUCUUUUACAAAUGAUCACUUCUUAGCAUGUUAAAUUGGCUGCCAAAGUUCAGUCCAUAUUCUGUAAAUGGGCCGCCU